GCUAGUAACAUUUGAUGAUUUAGAGUGUCGAACGCUUUACUAAAAUCGAGAAGUACCAUGCACGUACUAUCUUUUUUUGUUCUUGGUGAUGUAUAAUAUCAUCCAAGAUGUUAACACUAAUGAUGUACUUGUGCUAAAGUUUUUCCUAAAACCGGGUUGACUAUCGGGUAUGAUAUCGUUUGAGUCACAAAAAAAAAACUAAUUUGAUUAUAAAUAUGUCUUUCUGAUAUUUUGGAUGUAGCAGGUAAUAUGCUAAUAGGCUGUAAGUCUGUAAAUUCUUUAGGUUCUGCUAUUUUUGGUAAGGGUUUAACAAUAGCUUUCUUCCAUAUUUUUGGGAAUAAUCCCUCCAAAAUACAUGUGUCAAUUAUAUUCAGCAAGGCAUUCGUGCAAAAUGGAAUACAUAGCUUUAGGUCUCUCAUAGAGAAACCAUCCUCUCCAAUGGCAUUUGAUGAGAUAUUACUUAUAAUUUUGAUUAAACUGGUUAGUGUUUAUAUUGUUUUUGUAAAAAUUGAUUAAUUCUUGAGAGGCAGUGUCUGGUAAAUUAUCGGUCUGUGGAAGUGAUUGUGUAUGUCAUUUACAUUUUGUAAGUGUUCGGGUAUAGUCAACUUUAUGGAAGUGUUC